GGCGAGCGCGCGCUGUCGAGCUACGUAUCGGUGCACGCGGAGAGCGGCAAGGUGUACGCGCUGCAAUCACUGGACCACGAGGAGCUGGAGCUGCUGCAGUUCCAGGUGAGCGCGCGCGACGCGGGCGUGCCACCUCUGGGCAGCAACGUGACGCUGCAGGUGUUCGUGCUGGACGAGAACGACAACGCGCCAGCACUGCUAGCGCCUCGGGCGGGUGGCAUCGGUGGCUCAGUGAACGAGCUGGUGCCAUGGUCGGUGGGUGCGGGCCACGUGGUGGCAAAGGUGCGCGCGGUGGAUGCUGACUCAGGCUACAACGCGUGGCUUUCGUACGAGCUGCAGCUGGGGACUGGUGGCGCGCGCAUCCCGUUCCGCGUGGGGCUGUACACGGGAGAGAUCAGCACGACGCGUGUCCUAGACGAAGCGGACGCUCCGCGCCACCGCCUACUGGUACUGGUGAAGGACCACGGCAAGCCCGCACUGACGGCCACGGCCACCGUGCUGGUGUCAUUUGUGGAGAGUGGACAGGCGCCAAAGGCCUCCUCACGGGCGUUGUCGGGCGCUGUGGGUCCCGAGGCUGCGCUGGUGGAUGUCAACGUGUAUCUGAUAAUUGCCAUCUGCGCGGUGUCUAGCCUUUUGGUGCUCACGCUGCUGCUGCACACCGCGCUGCGGUGCUCGGCACCGCCCACCGAGGGCGCAUGCGCUCCGGGCAAGCCCACACUGGUGUGCUCCAGCGCGGUGGGGAGCUGGUCAUACUCGCAGCAGAGGAGGCCGAGGGUGUGCUCUGGUGAGGGCCCACCCAAGACCGACCUCAUGGCCUUCAGCCCCAGUUUACCUGACUCUAGGGACAGAGAAGAUCAGCUGCAGACAACUGAGGAAUGCUUUGCAAAGGUUAGUGUAUAACAUCCUUUUGUUUAAUUUUCGUAUUGUUUUUCUUUAUCAACUUCUUCGUAAAUUUAUUUCUAAGAAUCAAAUUUCCCUGGGUUAAAAUUUUACCUCUUUUUACAUAUCCAUUUUAACUAGUCUUUUGGAAUUACAGGACGUCAAAGCAAUAUAUAUUGCCUUCCUUCAUUGUAUGCUGCAUUAUUCAAUGCAUAUUAACAGGACUGUAAUUUCUAGUAAAUUUUCACUAUAUUAACCUUCUUUAUUUUUGGUAAUAAGAACAUUUAGAAAACAUUUUACUAUUAUUUAACCUAUAACACAUAAACAAAUGUGCAGAGGCUGAAAUAAUAAAGCUCCAUAAAUUGUAUGAAAGUGAAAACAUCUAUUGCCUCCAUCGCUGAAGCCCCUCACAUGCACUUGCCAAAUCACUUCCCUUGUUUUUCCUCCAGUGUAACUGCACAUUUGCCUUUUAUAUCUGUGUUUAUUCUGGGCCUGUUUUGGGAACGUAUUCUAAUUGGAAUUGCACAACGUGUAUUGUCUGUGCAUUUGUGUGUUAUUUGUAUUUAUCACUCAUUGUUUGUGAAAUUAUCCAUGUUGUUACAUGUAGUUGUAGUUCAUUUAAUUCUAUUUCUAGUACUAUUUCAUAAAUAUACUAUAUAUUAUUUAUUCUACUGUUCAGGAAUUUGCAUUGUGCCUCAAUGUCUAUUUCAAAUAAUGCCAUCAUAAAUAUAUUGCACAUUUCUUUGAUGCCCAUGUACACAGAUUUCUCUUAGGUUUUUACCUAAGAGUUGUGUUUGUGGGUCACAGAAUAUGUGUGUAUCUUUGUCUUUUGUAGCUAACACCAACCAAUUUUCCAAGAUGUUUUUAGCUAUUUACAUUUCUAGUAGUGUAUAAGGCUUUCUGCUACUCCACAUCAUCUCUACAUUUGUCAGGUUAUUUUCAUGUUAGCCAUUUUACUGGGCAAGUUUUGUAAUCUCAUUUUGAAAUUCUUUUAUGUUUAAAUGAAGUUGAGUACCUCUCUAUUUUAUUUUGGCAAUUUUUAUACCUUAUUUUGUGCAAUAGCUGUUCAAAUCUCCUAUUUCUCUAGUCUGUUGUUUUUCUUUUCUUUUUUCUCUUCUUUUUUGCUUCCAUAAAACUUUCUUUCUUUUUUUUUU